CAGUUAGUCGAUUUAUAAUGUUGAAAGUUUAUAGAAGUAUUGCAAUUUGUUUGCUUAUUGUCUAUCCCAUAUUAAGCGAUAGAUUUGCAAUAGAUCUAAUUAAAAAAUUCAAUUCUUAUCGAAGAGGUAACUUUGUGAUCUCUCCUCUGGCGGUUAAUCAUGCGCUGGUGCAAUUGUAUCUGGCAAAUCAAGAGAAUGUCGAUAUGGAAUUACAAAAAGUUCUUUAUGUCAAAGAUAAUGAUCGUGCGACAAUUGUAAAAAAUUUUCGAGAUUUUUAUGCCAGGGCCAUGUCGGCUGAAUUUCAAGAUUCCACACGUUUGUAUGUGUCAAAGAAACUAAAAACCGCAAGUAAAUAUGAACAAUUGAUCAAGAGAAUCAAUGCAAGUCUGGAGAGUAUUGAUUUUGGUAAUAAAGAGAAAGCAAUUCUGGAAAUGAGUAUGUGGCUAUCGCAAACGAUGAAUAGAAAUUAUAGUACCAUAAUGCGUGAAAGUGAGGUGUCGAGUACAACCGAUUUGGUAUCGAUAAGUGGUGUAUCCUGUAAGCCCAAUUGGAAGUAUCCAUUCUUCUCACGUUGGAAGAAACCCUUCAAGAUGAGACAAGCGAUUGGUAAACCGUAUGUGGAAUAUGUCAAUACAAUGUAUACCACGGCGAAUUUCGCAACAUUCGAUGAAAAGGACGCGCGUGGCAUAUUCAUACCAUUGCAAAGAACAUCGGUGGGAAUGCUGGUAAUUGUGCCCAAGAAGCGAGGAUAUCCGAGAAAAAUCAUGCAAAAUAUUGGCAAUUAUUUCAAUAUGAAAUUGAAACCAGAGCAAAAGCUGAGUUUGUUCUUGCCAAUGUUUAGAAUAAUCCUUGGCACCGAAUUGAGCGGUGUAUUAAAAACUAUGGGACUAAAGCAACUUUUUGAAGGUUUUAAAUAUACUGAAGCUUUUGGUAGCCAAGAACCUCUUACUGUGGAGAAGUUCAAGUCGAAAACAGUUAUCGAAGUCAAUGCUGACAGGGAAUUGAUUGAAAUUGAAGAUCCUGCUGAAGAAGAUGACAUUAUCUUUGAGGUGAAUCGGCCCUUUGUGUUCCUCAUUAAGGAUAGAACUCGCAUCUAUGCAGCUGGACGUGUGAAUACUUUAACUAAUUUGGUUAUUUAAUUUCUCUUUUGUUUCAGUGAAUUACCGGUUUAUUAAUUUUCGAGAGAGAAUUAGUUAAAUUUAAUUAAAAAAUGAAAAGAACUAAGCCAA